GCUAGAAACGACGCUAUAAGGUAUCAAUAUUAUUAUUGAAAAUGGUUACGAGAACUUGCGCGUACAAGGAUUGCGAAUUUUACUAUGCCGUCCACGACGUCGCGGCGAACAAGGAGAGAACCCUGUUCGCCUUCCCCAAACAGCCGGAAAGAGCGAGAAAGUGGCGCGAAAAUGGACGGGUGCAUCCGAAGAUUCCCCAGAAUCAGUUGUUUAUGUGCUCCAUUCACUUUGACCGCAAGUUCAUCUCCUCCUCGAAGCAGCGGACGCUCCUUGUGGGCGAGGCACUUCCGUACCCGUACGAGGAAAGGGACCCCGAACCGAAACAGGAGGUCCAAGAGGUGGCCUCAACGUCGCAGGAGAACUACUAUAUUAAUCUGAUCGACGAUGAACUGAGCAUUAAUAUUAACACCGUGGACACAACCACAAACUCCAAACCUUUUGAUCAAGAGCUUGAACUUGACAUAGAGCCUCCACCCGCCAAACGCUCCAAAGAAUCGAACGCCCCUUCACCGAAGGACACUCCUAAAGUUAACCUAGCUAGCAUGGAACCUGAAAGUAGCGAAACCAUCGACUCCUCCGAAGUGUCCGUAUUCAAUUUUAAGGGCCAGGAGUACGUACAAAUGUCCAUGGAGUACUAUGUGAAUGAAAAGCGGAAGAUGGCCGAGCAGCUAAAGAACUACAAGAACGCUCUAAGGAGCAUAAAAGCACAAGUGACCGAACUGGACCUUUGACCUAAAUAAGAGCUUCAUAUUUGAGUCAUCUCACUGAGUGGAAUUUAUUUGGGAUGCGCACCUGUAGAAACAACAAUGUAAAAUAAUGUAUUUUUGUAAUAAUCUGAGACAAAUACUACUGAUUAAUAUAAUUUUAUUGUUUUGUAAACUAUCA